AUGAUUGGUAUAGGUUGGGAAUUCAAGAGAGAAGAUAAGCUAUGGUUCACUUCUGCUGGUAAUAAGGAAUGUAGGGUAGGGAUUCAGGUUAUCCCAAUAAUGCCUGUGUUAACAGAGAUUUUGUUCAAUGAUGUUGGUUUUGUUAGGGAGGUUGUGGAUUUGGCUAGAAAGGAAGCUAGUGAUGGUUGGAAGGGGUUUGUUUAUGCAUUGGAAGCCAUGUAUGAUAACAAGAAUGCAUUGGAGAAGAUUAGGAAUUUGAAAGGUUUUCAUGAAGGAAACUCGCUUUCGAAUAUGCUGUGGUUUUUCAAGUAUAAGUUGCUAGGAUAG